AUGGCUACACGUGUUGCCGUACAACCUCGUUUACGUGACGCAGUAGCUCAGACGUUAAAUCGAGGUGCUGAAGCAGAAGCUGUGCUGAUUGAAAAUAUUCGUUCUGCGCAUUCCAUCAAACUAUUGUCCAAUGAGGCAGCACGUAGCAAUAUGUGGGCUAAUGCGUUUACCCAACAAUUACAAGCUUACAAAAAUAUGUUUGGUGCAAGUUUUGUCAAGAUUGUUCAUCUUUGGAUCGAGCGCAAGGUUUUACAGGUGCAUUUAGAUCGUGUGGCUGACAUCGUAGAAACUGAUACAGAAGACCCUGACUUUAGUAAACCUAUUGAUGAUGUGAAUAAUCUUACGGGCGCAGUGAGUGUUAAAAAUCUGACAUACAUACCGCGCGGUGCUGAUCGUGAAAUUUUAAAAGACAUUAAUCUCCAUAUUAGGGCUGGUGAAAAAAUGGCGAUUGUGGGUCGAACAGGUUCAGGUAAAACAACGCUUUUAAACCUUAUUUCAGGUCUUUAUAAAGCACCAGAUGGCCAUGUGUUUGCCGAUAAUGCCGAUCUUGCUAGGGUUAAUGUACGACAAUAUCGUAAAAAUCUUGCCGCAGUGACACAAUCAGAUCAAUUGUUUCGCGGUACUAUUAUGGCUAAUAUUACCAAUUUCUCACCCACUGCAAAAAAAUCCCUGAUGAUAGAAGUUGCAAAAAUGGUAGAGAUACAUGACGAAAUUCAACAGCUUGAUCAGGCCUACCAAACUAAUAUUGGUGAUACACAAAAGUUUUUAUCUGCAGGUCAAAUGCAACGCUUAUUGAUCGCGCGGGCGCUCUACAUACAACCUAAAAUAUUGAUUUUAGACGAAUUUACUUCAAACCUUGAUCGUAAAACCGCACUAGAAAUUUGUAAAGCAGUGAUGAAGUUACCGUGUACUUGUAUUAUUGUUACGCAUGCCGAUUAUGUUUUAUCCAUGGUUGACAGCAUCUAUAAAAUGGAAGACGGUCGUUUGGAAAAGGUGGGGCAGGAUUACCUAGAAGAAAUUGCUGCUUUGGCAAGGGUCGGCAUGGAAAAACAACAAUAA